AUGCCAAGCCUCUCCGAAUAUAUAAAGGAAACCUUCACGAGCAAUCAGAGUUACUGAGAAGAAGCAGAAGGCUUCAUCCAGCUCUGUCAGACAGAGGCUGAAACGACCAUGCUUCUCCCUGCCAUCCACUUCUAUGGCUUUCUCCUAGCUUGCAUCUUCACGAAAAGCUGCUUGGCUUUCAAGAACGAUGCCACAGAGAUACUUUACUCACACGUUGUGAACCCCGCCGCAGCGAGCCCGAGCAGCAACAGCACGUUGAACCAAGCCAGGAACGGGGGCAGGCACUACACCAGCAUGGGAUCCGACCGUAACA